GAAAUGGUGUCCACGGGUCAAAAGAAGAAUAGAGCUAGUCGAUCGCGAUCGUCGUCGAAAUCGGCAGGUAUCCGAGGCGGCCCGGGCAUGGACUCGCAACAGCAACAGUACUGCCUUAAAUGGAACAGCUUCGGCUCCAACCUGGCCACGUCGUUCGCCAAUCUCUGGAACUCAGAGAGUCUCGCCGAUGUUACUCUGUACUGCGAGGGUCGUACGUUCAAAGCACAUAAGGUGAUCCUGGCAGCGUGCAGUAAACACUUUCAAGAGCUGUUCGACAGUGCACCGCCGAGCCAUGCCGGUGCUUGCUACGUCAUCCUGGAGGCUACCUCCGCCGACAACAUGCAGGCUCUGCUUGAAUUCAUGUACAAAGGCGAGGUUCAUGUCAGCCAGGAUGCAUUGUCCAGCUUUCUUAAGAGUGGAGAAAAUUUACAGGUCAAAGGUUUGUCGAUGGAGAUGUCACAAGAUGCGUGGGUGAAGCAGCAGACUCAGCAAUCCGGUGACCGCCACCAGACUCGUAUCAAGACCAGCCCAGUUUCUGGAUCAGGGACCUGCGAGGUGCAGGAAUCCGGUCCACCACAAUCGCAUACCGCUACGUUUGCUCCGAUAAUGCCUCAGUAUGGAAUGCCGAUACACGGAAGUGGAGGAAUGAGCCGGUAUGCCCCUCCUGCUCAUGUUCCCAUGCCGUCACACCGCCGACCUGCAGCACCCAAACCGUCGCCUUCACAGAGCCCACAUGCAAGGAAUUAUAGACAAAGUUCAUCGUCAUCUCACUGCGGAAGCGUCGCCGACGAGCCGGAUACGCGUUCGUCGCCCGGCGCUGGGCAGCGAUAUGAAGAGAAUCCUCCUGAUUGCACAUCUACACUCGGCAACCCGACAAAGAACAACGGAUAUGAACGCAGCGCCUCCACCAACGAAGAAAUGACUGAAUGCCUACCUAAUGAUCAGGGAGCAGAAGAUUUACGGAAAUUAAAAAAUGAGAAUGACUACCAUCCAAGUGGUGGAUACAACAACUCCCCGCCGCCGUCCGCUCCGAUGCCGACCACCAACUACCACGAUAAGCCGCUGGCGACGUCGCCUCAGCCACCGAAGCACAGCCCCGACAUUUGGCCUGCUAAGCUGCUUACCAGCAAAUCUGGAGGCAUCGCUACUGCUGACGGCAAGAAACUAAAAUGUCCCUACUGCGAGCGACUGUACGGAUAUGAGACAAACUUGCGCGCGCACAUCCGGCAGCGGCACCAGGGCAUUCGAGUGCCGUGCCCGCACUGCAGCCGCACCUUCACGCGCAACAACACCGUGCGCCGCCAUAUUGCCCGUGAGCACCGCCACGCGGUGGCGGCGGGGACGCACCUGCCGCACGCGCAGCCGCCGCUGCCGAAUCACACGCAGUAACUGCCCCCUACUAACCUCUCCACUCGUUUCGGCGCAACCGGGUGACCGCACAUUUUUUAUAACACCGUCUACCUCAAUUUUAAUCGUUAUACUUAAUGUUUUAGGCUACAUUCGACUUGUAUUUUUUCUCUAUAGAUUACACUAAAAAAACUAAACCAUAAUGACCAUGAAAAUCGAAGUCUAAAUAUUUAAUUUGGACUGUCGUUAGUUUUGUACCGACGGCGGUAUUUUAUUCCGUCACUAGAAUAUAACUGUAAAUGUCGAUUUUAUAUUUUGAACCCUAUACUAAGCUGCGGUCACCCGAGACGCGCCAUCUAAUUUGUUUGGUAACGUACGUACAAUAAAAAUACCUCGUCGAUGCAUAUUAUAUUGUCAGUAAUCUACCUCAGAAAUUGAUCUUAAGAUUUUUUAAGGUUUUUUGGAGAAAUUAUGCGAUAAUUGUUACUUAAUUCACGUGUGACUUCGAAUGGUUGCUCAGUGUUCUCUCCCGGUACCCUGUUGUAAACAAAGUACCCUCGCACCCUUAUCUACGUACCUUGAUUUCGUGCAAACGCUAUUGAGAUGUGUCCAGUGACUGUGAAACAAAAGUUACCUUUAUAGACGUUUUUAUUUUGAGCUCUCGGACGAAUACGAUAUAGCUUAUAUUAAUGAACGAGCUAGGGAUUCUUAGAAAUAAUGUUGAGACUGAAGGUCUUGGUUUAAGUAAAUGUAUAUAAUAGGAGAAUGUGGUAUUACACCUUGGCCUCGGUUGAGACAUGCGCUCGGAACAACUUUGUGGCAAAAAUCAAUAUGCCAUAUUUCUAUUUUCCCUAUCACAAUAUUUUUUAUCAUAUUCUUCGUAUACCAGGAUAAGUUCUUCGAAUACAUCUGUGAUACAAUAGAAACAGGAUCUACGUAGUUAUGCCACAAUUGUUGCUUAUGUGCGGAGAAACAACAAAAGUAGACUUACAUCAGUUUGUACUAUACAGUGGAUUUAAAACGGUUUUCGGUUUUGUACAAAGUACAAUGUUGCCCUAGAUUUACAUAAGUAGUUAGGUAUAAAAUCGUGUUAUAAAAUGUACGCAUGCGAGAUACGAGGCGUGAAUGUGUUCUGCAAUCCAUUUCUGUCGUUCCAAGGCUCCGCGGGUGUUAAUUGAGACCUAUAAUUAUAGUAUGUUUAAGUGAUGGUGUCGAUUCAACAUUCCGUUGUCGUAGUGCAUUUAAAGGCCACAUACUACUUCUAUAUUUCCUAGUCAUUUCAUGUGCAACCAGUUGAGAUUUAAAGAAUAAUUAUUUAAAUAUAAAUGUAGGGGCUCCCGUUGGUAUCGUUGUAUUAUAUUGGUGUUUGACGCCAACGGGGUCCAGUAUUAUUCUUGAACGUAACUCGCGGUGUUAAAACUUGACUGAUGCUGUAUUGUUUGUGUCCAAUUGUUUAACAGACUGCACUUAAACUCGCAGGGUAUCCAUAACUCCAUUUACCUAACGCAUUAAGAGCUAAAGUUUCAAUAACCUGUUGACUAACCGUAAGUAAGUAAAAUUUCAGGAUAUCAGGGAUUUUUUCAGGAUAUCGUUGUUUUAGUUUAGCUCAUGUCAGACUCCUGUAACAUUUUUUUUUAUAUUCAAAUAUAAAAAGUUAGACGUGUAAUUAAUGGAAAAUGUUCAGUUGAAUGCGA